AUGGGGUGGACGUACAACCUUAUCAGCAUUUCUCUAGGUUUUAAUCGCUUAACGACUUUGACUACUGCCUUUGCACUCCUUUCUCGCCUGAGAUACUUGAAUCUGACAAGCAAUAGCUUUUCGGUUUUUCCUGAUGUACUAACUGUGAUGCCUUCUUUGGAAAUUCUGGACAUGAGCCGCAAUAAGAUCAAGAGACUGCCUGCUCAGCCUGGUUCUUUGGCGAACCUUCGGGUUUUUUCCAUUUCGAGAAACAAAAUCACGAGGCUUCCUCCCUACCUGGCCGACUUUCGCAAUCUGAACAUCCUAAAAGUUGAACGUAAUCCUAUAGAAUGGCCUCCAAGACAUGUCGUGGAGCUCACGGAAAACAUGGACGACCCUCAGAUUAGGUCAACUUGGAUAGCUGAACUGCAGACAUGGCUACGUGAAAACAGCAACAGCAAGUCGGAAGCAAGGAGAGCUUUGGACGACCUCAUAACAAACGAGCAGGCCCCGUUAGAUACCUCCAUGUGUGAAGAUAUCUCCCCAUGGCCGCACUCGCGUAAAAAACAUUCAGACGCAGAUGCCACACCCCAUGCACGAACUUUUUCCGUUGACUCGGAACUUUCUUUCCCUUCUUGGACCGAGUCCGAUGAUCUUCCUCUUCACAGUUCGACUUUUUCGCCACGGUCGGAAAGACCACCACCACUGCAACUAUCUAAACUUCCCGUAUACAGUGACUCAUCGCCUACCCGCUCUCCUGAUAGUUAUCUGCCAACACCUGACGAAUCUGUCUAUUCUACUGAUGAAGACAGCACUACUGUACCUGAUACUCAACCGCAUACAAGGAACGCCUCCUAUGCUGGAGACAGCGUAAAUCGCCUACUUGUCAUGAACAAGAAAAGUCUGCCUGAUCUCAGGAAGGCUAACUUCGAGAUUGAUCCUGAAGGCAGGCCGUUGGAAUCACCCAUGCCUGGAACUACGAAUUACUUCGAGAAUCGUCCUACUGUACAGCCAGAGUCAUUUGCUGCCUCCCCACUCCCACAUCGGCAAGAUAGCUUAUCUGAUGCCCAGCCAUUCAUUUAUGGAGCUAAACCGCUCACACCAUCUCCCCCUUCUGCAUAUUCUGACUCGAUUGAUAGAACGAUUCCCCCUGUACCUCCUAUGGAGCUCGAGCGGAACUCAUAUUUCCGGCGACUCUCUGCAUUGCCUGCUGCCACGAUUUCUAGUAAUCUACCUCCCUCUCUGCUCAGUCUUGUGGAAGCGGCUCGUUCCAUUCUUUUCUCUACUUCGCAAGUUUACCAGUGUCUCUCCCAUUACACUGUUUAUACUCUGGAUAACCAGCUUUCAUCCGUCAUCAAGAAGGUGAUAGACCCUGCAAACGCAUACAUGACGCAGCUAGUCGAUGCACUCGACCGCUUCGAUACUAUGAGCAAGAAGACAACACCAGGGCCCGGGUUAUGCCGAGCAGUAAUCGAAUGUAGUAGAGACACAGCAGCUGUCUUUGGAAAAGCAAUAGGUAUAGUUGCUUUACAGCUGAAGGUCCUUGCUGCUAAGAACGACGUCCGGUUCAUGCGGCAACUGCACUUGAUUUUUUAUGGUGCCAUCGCCGAGAUUUCAUUCGCCUGGCAAGCUAUGGCUCCCCAUAUCGAGUCUAUCAAACCUCUUCUUUCCGAUCACCGCAGACCUCCCCCCGUCAAAACUCACACAACGCCUUCAAAUUCUAGUCUCGGUAGCCCUGAGCUACCGCCUGCCUCAGGUUCUCCAUCAUUUUCCUCUUUCAAUGUGCAUAUACCCAACAUGCCUCUUCCGCGUUCGCGCCCAACACAACCCAUAGGACGGGCACGUACAACGCGGAGGCAUGCCGGAUCCUUCAGUUCAAAGGAUGUCGAAAUUGGGAAGACUCUUCCUUCAUAUGAGGAUGUCCCAGGUACCCCUUCAGGCUUGCGUGCUGGUAUACGACAACCAGUGUUGUCUGGUGGUGGUACUCCUGGGGCAUCCUCUGGGGCUCCCUCUGAGUUUAUAAUCUUGACUCCAGGGGGUGGUGAUCACUCCCGACAGGGGUCCUUAACAUCAAUAGCUACAACUUUAGCUUCUUCUUCUCCUCCGCCGCCUUUUAAAUCAUUGAAUGUAGAAAUACCUCCAUCAAGGACCCUGGUUGACAAGGAGGCAUUGUCUGCAAUGGAGGUUGCAGUGGAGGCGGCGCCUGCUGUCUGGGAGAUGAUCUCAGGGAUCCUGGAUAACGACCUCGAUAUCCAGGAGGCAAACCAGGACGUGCGAGAAACGUUGCUUCUUGCUCGAGGUACAACAGAGCGGCUGAAGACUAAUAUACGUGCCAUACACAAAGGCAGCUUAUCGGCCAACAGAAAGGCGCUUCGUGAGGAUGCGCAUGUGUUUGUCAAGACCGUUGUCAAGCUGUCGAGCGUGAUAAAGUCGUAUGGGAGCACCCAUGCACUAUAUUCAGAUUUGCGGACCAAGAUGGUUGAACUAACAAAUGCCACGGAAGAAUUUGUCAUUCUGCUGCACGUUUCGUCUUUUUCGCCUUCAUCCACUCCCAGGCCUUAUUCACCGAUGUGGGGUGGCACAAAUUACCCCACAUCGCUUGAGGAUAAUCGGUUAGGUGCAAAUUUGUCGCGUAGUCGAAGUACUCAACCGCCCAAGAGCUCGAAGCUGGCUUCUCCUUUGGUAAGAGAACUGCCUCGCAGCGCGUUGCCCAACCAGUCCUUCAAUAUUCCAACCCCUCCACGAUACGGAGAAGAUCGCGUUCGAGAACCUAAUGACCAAUAAUGCCUCAAUGGAAUCAUACCUAUUUUCUCAUAGAAUCUUCGCACUUGCUUUUUAAUUGCAUUGUAUGCAUCCCUACAUACCGUAACGUUAAGUCGCUUCCCAUGAUGUGCUUGCCCAUUUAAAUACAAUAAUUUUUUCUUGCACGACAAA